CCCACAGAUAACACAGUAUUUGAAUACUAACUUUAACCAUGAGAUCGACUUCUGUUAUAAAGAAUGUCAUAUUACCUCGGUACAAACGUCAUUUGAUUGUUUUCCUCGUUCUUUUUAGUAUUUUAAUGUUGACGCGUAUUCGCUUUAAUCACAGUAAACCUGUAGCACUACCACAAAGGACGUUUGAUCUAAAAUGUGAAAAUGUGGAGUUAAAACCAGACAUAGAGUAUCGUGGGAGUUACGUAGUGUUCAGAAACUUUGUGCGCGCCAAAAGGACGUUCGCCUGCAAUGAAACUAUCACGUUAAGUGCUCCGGGGGAUUACAGAUUCCUGGACAACGUUGAACCGCUUGUGGAAAGAUGGCAAGGACCUAUUAGUGUAGCGUUAUAUGCUCCUGGAUACGACUUUUACACUACUCUGCAAAGUAUCGCUUAUUUGAGAAAGUGCUCGAACACUAGCGCGUUAAUUAGUGAUUUUAUUACCUUCCACAUAUUCUUUGACAAUCAACAUUUUCCACAACGGAACGGAUUGCCUUUGCUUGAGUCCUACAAGGACGUUUUUGAUUGUUCCCAACGCCCACCAUAUGAAACAAAGAAAGAUGAGGACAUGUAUAAGCAGAAAAACAACCUUUUCUAUCCUAUCAACGUUGCUAGAAAUGUAGCAAAGCUAAACGUGCAGACUCAUUUUGUGUUCCCGUCGGAUAUAGAGCUUUAUCCUACAAGGAACUUUAUUCCGAAAUUUUUUGAAUUAAUGUCUAGAAGCCCGCAGUAUUUUGCCAAAGAUUCGACGAAUGUAUUCGUAUUUCCUGUUUUUGAGAUACUAGCUGACCGUAAGGUUCCAGAAACAAAGACGCAGCUUCAAAUAAUGUUAAAAAAUAAAACAGCUUUUGGUUUUCACGCCAAAGUCUGUGCCAGAUGCCACAAUCCACCAAAGAUGAAAUUGUGGAUUGAAAGUAACGAAACUGAAGGCGUUGAUAUAUUUACUUCGACCAAAAGGCAGGGUUUUCAGAAGAUUUGGGAGCCGUUUUUCGUUUGUACCCAGAAGGAACCUUUAUGGGAUGAGAGAUUGAAUUGGGAAGGUCAAGGCAAUAAAAUGUGUCAAGCUUUCUAUUUGUGUAUGUUAGAUUACGAUUUCCAAGUAUUCGACAACGCAUUUCUGAUCCACAAACCCGGAGUAAAAAAGAAGAAAAUUCAAAAUAUUAAAUAUCAAGACCAACAAGCAGUAAACAAUAAUAUCCUAAAACACAUACAAAAAGAAUUGACGUCCAUUUAUGGUAUAACAACAAGUACUCGUAACUGUAUUGUCCAUAAUAUUGGGGUUCAAACUGCGGGUGGAAUGUAGAGACGAUUUUCCCUAAAAACCAAACGACGAACUGAAAAUAAACUAACAACGAAAUAACUAUUUUAUAACCACAAUGUAUGAUUCUUAGUCCUAAAGUUUUAUUGCUAUUUUAGUCCUAUAUUUUAUUUAUCAAAGUUCAAAUUUUUAAAUAAACUGAGUUGAGCUUUAUUUACUCUUCAUUAAUGACAUAUUUGACAAAAAUUUUCUUGUGUUUGUAUAGUUCUGCCUUAAUAUUGUUGGAUUUUCCAAUUGCCAGAUGUUUAUCUUUUUU